ACAUAGUUGUUAAUAUUGCAGGCAUCAUGUUGUGGACAGUUGAGUUGGAAGGUGGCCCACAGCGCGUUAAUCACGCUGCUGUCCCAGUAGGGGAAAAAAUAUACUCCUUUGGGGGAUACUGCACAGGCGAAAACUAUCGAACCAUACGAAACAUGGAUGUACAUGUUUUAGAUACAGUAACAUAUAGGUGGAAAGCAAUUGAAAUUCGGCAAGAACGUAAAUUAGUGCCAUUUCAAAGAUAUGGUCAUACUGCUGUUGCUUUUGGUCAUCUAGUAUAUGUUUGGGGAGGGCGGAACGACACUACAGCUUGUAAUAUCCUUUACUGUUUUGACACAAGUUUGCACUUAUGGUCAGUACCAGCAGUUGGUGGUCCAGUUCCUGAAGCCAGAGAUGGACAUUCAGCAUGUAUUAUCAAUGAUCAUAUGUAUAUUUUCUCUGGAUAUCUUGAAUAUAUGGAAUCAUAUACUCAAGAUGUACACACUUUAAACCUGAGAACCAUGACGUGGGCUUAUGUCAGGACUGCUGGUCAGGCUCCGGUAUAUCGAGACUUCCACACAGCUACAGGAGUUGAUGGAGUUAUGUAUGUAUGGGGUGGAAGAGAGGUAGCUAGUGGAUGGUAUGAUUCUCCAGAGCAUGAGGAAUAUGGCUCAGAUCUUUAUGCCUUGGACACAGCUGCAAGUCGUUGGAGUAUUGUGCCUUGCUCAGGUUGCAUUCCAAUUGGUCGAAGAUCUCAUUCUGCUUUUGUGUACAGAGGGCAGAUCUACAUAUUUGGUGGUUUCAAUAGCAGAGAAAAAUGCCAUUUUAAUGACUUGCAUAGAUUUAAUCCUGUGACAAGUCAUUGGGAAGAAGUUACGCCUCUUGGUAAAGGUCCAUGUCCAAGACGAAGACAAUCCUGUUGUGUAGUGAACUCAAAAAUGUUCCUGUUUGGCGGUACUAG